AUGCGUUAUCUGCAGCUAUCCCGUGCGGCCGCUGGUCUGCGUCGGCCCAGUGCCUGUGCUGCGCGUCGUCUGCGCCCGACAGCGCCCGUGCUGUCGCACCGCUUGAGUACCGCCGUAUCGGACCUGGACGUCCCGCCGUUUGUACCCGGAUACCCCGUGCCAAGUGGAUACAUGACGAAUCUGCGCAACAUUGGCAUUUCCGCGCACAUUGACUCGGGAAAAACGACACUGACGGAGCGCAUUCUCUUUUACACGGGCCGCAUUAAUGCGAUCCACGACGUGCGCGGCAAAGACGGCGUUGGUGCCAAGAUGGACUCGAUGGAGCUCGAGCGUGAAAAGGGCAUUACGAUCCAAUCAGCAGCCACGUACUGCUCGUGGAAAGAAGCCAACAUUAACAUUAUUGACACGCCUGGACACGUCGAUUUUACGAUUGAAGUCGAGCGGGCGCUGCGUGUGCUCGACGGUGGCGUGCUCGUGCUCUGCGGCGUCUCGGGUGUACAGAGUCAGUCGCUGACGGUCGAUAAGCAGAUGAAGCGCUACGGUGUUCCGCGAAUUGCGUUUAUCAAUAAACUCGAUCGCAUGGGAGCGAAUCCGUGGAAAGUAAUUAACGAUCUCCGCAAGCAGCUGAAGCUGAAUGCGUGGGCUUUGCAAGUGCCAAUUGGUGCCGAGAAUGAUCUUGAGGGAGUGGUCGAUCUGCUGAACAUGAAAGCGCUGCGCAAUAAGGGCGAGAGCGGUGAGGUCAUUGAAGACUCGGACGACAUUCCUGCUGACACCCGUGCUUUCGCCGAGGCUAAGCGUGUUGAACUGAUUGAAGCACUUGCAGAUGUUGACGAUGACAUUGCUGAGCUGUUUCUGAUGGAAGAAGAGCCCAGUGUCGAGCAGCUAAAGGAUGCUAUCCGUCGGGCUACAAUCGCACACAAGUUUGUGCCGGUCAUGAUGGGCUCGGCUUUUAAGAACCGUGGCGUGCAGCCCAUGCUAGACGGUGUCGUGUCGUACUUACCAAGCCCGUCCGAAAUCCAGAACUUUGCUUUGGACCAGUCAAACAACGAGGCCCGUGUGAGCGUGCCAUGCUCCCCGGACGCACCUCUGCUGGCCCUAGCUUUUAAAUUGGAGGAAGGCAAGUUCGGCCAGCUUACGUACAUGCGCGUGUACUCGGGUACGCUGAAACGUGGUGGAUUCAUUUACAACAUGAGCGACAUGAAGCGCAUCAAGGUGCCGCGUCUGGUAAAGAUGCACUCGAAUGAGAUGGAAGAGGUUGAGGAAGUUGGUGCUGGUGAAGUUGUUGCGAUGUUUGGUGUCGAGUGUGCUAGCAUGGACACGUUUAGCGACACGAACCAGGGCAAGUUCACGCUGACGAGUCUACACGUGCCCGAGCCGGUAAUGUCCCUGGCUGUCACGCCCAAGAACAAGCAGCAGAUCGGCAACUUCUCCAAGGCACUCAACCGUUUUCAGAAAGAAGACCCGACGUUCCGCGCUUUCGUAGAUGAUGACAGCAAGGAGACAGUCAUAAGCGGUAUGGGCGAGCUUCACCUGCAGAUCUACGUGGAGCGUAUGAAGCGUGAAUACAGCGUGGACGUGGAGACUGGCGCGCCGCAAGUAAACUACCGCGAGACGAUUCGCCAGCGCAGCGAGUUCAACUAUCUUCAUAAGAAGCAAACUGGCGGUUCGGGUCAAUACGCGCGUGUGGUAGGAUACAUUGAGCCACUUACGGACGAAGAGGUCGAAGAGCUUGGUAACGAGGGAAAUAGCUCGGGCGUCGUCUUCGAAAACGCAAUUAUUGGCAACGCGAUUCCACCCGAGUACAUCGCAGCUUGCUCGAAGGGUGUAAAGGACGCAAUCCAGAAAGGGUGGCUCAUUGGUCACCCGGUGCAGCGCAUGCGUGUGGUGGUCAAUGACGGUCAGUCACACUCGGUAGAUUCCAGCGAGCUUGCUUUCCGCACAGCUAUGGUGCUAGCUAUUCGCCAAGCGUUUAUGAAGGCCAACCCGUGCAUCCUCGAGCCCGUCAUGGCGGUGGAGGUGGAUGUACCUAGCGAGUUCCAAGGUACGGCCAUUGCCGAGGUGAACCGUCGUCGCGGUCUCAUUAACAGCAGCGAUGCCGAUGACAUGCACACGGUCAUUAAGUGCGACGUACCCCUGCAAAACAUGUUUGGUUUCUCGACGGAUUUGCGGUCAUCCACUCAGGGCAAGGGCGAGUUCACGAUGGAGUACAAGACACAUGGCAUUGUCAUGCGUGACAUGCAGGAGAAGCUGAUGAGCGAGCACGAAAAGGCGCAAGCGGCCAAGAACAAGUAG